GGGAAGGUGCUGUGCAAAGUACUGGUGGUAUAUUGUUCUCUGCUGGAUUUUAUGUACAUAGCUCAGUAUCCCAGCCAUGAUGAUGUCAUUCUUGGCUAUAUUCAAGACACCCUUGACACUUUCCACAAACAUAAAGAUAUUCUGAUACACCUUGGUAUUCAUGACCAUCUCAAUAUACCAAAAAUU